UGAGCACUUGAGCGGUCAGCAGCAGAGUCUUUGUAACCUCCCUCUGCAUCCCUUCGCAAGUCACAGCCUUUUCACUGCCAGACCUCUCCUCUCCUUCCCGCCAUUACUAUGUCUACAACCGAUUCAAUAUCAUCUUAGAAGUUCACCAGUUUGAGCUCUUCCAUCCAUUACUGCCAUCGGAGCAUCGCAAUCGGAGCACGGAGCUGCGCCAUGGUCACCUCCAGAGACGUCCAAGACAUCAUUUCAAAGCUCUCUUCGGAUAAAGCUAAAGCUCGUGAAGAAGGGGUAAAGUUGUUGAAUACAUGGUUAGAGGGAGACAAAGCGAUUGACUUCUGUAAAUUUAUUGGACACAAUACGGCUAAGCUCAGGCCAGAAGAAAUUCCAUCUUCUGAAACAUGGCCUUUCAUCACUAAAUUGUUGAUCCAAUGUGUGUCCAUGGAGAUAUCUUCAAGCAAGCGGCGAUUGCCAAAGUCAAUAUUUGCAAAGACCCUGAGAGUUGUUGUUCAAAAAGCGGAAGAUAAUAAGUUUUCUGGCAAUGCAGUACCAUUGAUAUCUGUGGUUAAGAUGCUCUUUACUCAUGUAUGGGAUGUGUUGAGUAGUAUAUCAUCCUUUCAAUCUGACUAUGGGAUUAUAAUCAGGCAUUUAGUUGCUGUGAGAGAUUAUCGUUUUCAUAUGAGGAAGCGCAUAUAUUGCAACCUCAUGCUUUUAUACUUGGAGAAGGUGGAAGGAAGCUUAGUUGGGAAGAAUGAUAACCAUUAUACUUCCAAGGAGGAGCUCCUCCCGUGCAUCUUAACACUCUAUUCACUUUUGGAAAAUCCUCCUGGUGACUUUCCUGAUAGUAUUAGGCAUGAAAUUGUAAAUGGAAUUGCUAAGAUUUUCUCUCUCGUGAGGGACGAAGGAAAAAUAUCACGCAAGCUUAUUGAGUGCGUUAAUACAUACCUGUUAAAGGAUGGUCCUAAUCUUGGUAGUAACUUAUUGGAAAUCCAUAAUUCUGUGCAGCAAUUUGUGUUUCGGUGCUGGAUGGCGACCCAUGAUCGAGCUCUAAAGGAUGCUCUUGUUCUCUAUGGGAGGUUGCAGACAAGUUUAAUGAGAGGAGCUGACGAUGAGAGAUUUUUUAUAGAACAACUACUCGAUGUACUUUACAAGGAACUAGAUCAAAGCAGUAUAUCUAGUGUUGGGGUGCCUUGGUCUGAUACUAACAAAGAUGAUAAAUUUGGAACUCUGAGCAGCUCUCAUUGUGGGUUGGUAGAACUUGCUGCAGCUGUACUCUAUCGGGCAUGUGUCACCCCUACAAAAGCAAUAUCAACUGAAAAGCGGGUUAAAAGGGACCCAGCUAGUGUUCAUCUUAAAGAGGCACUUGCUAAAGGGAAAUGGUUAUGGAAUGCAGCUUUCUGUUGUCUAGCCCAUAAUUACCAUUCCCGCAUCAGUAAGGAUCUUUUCAUUUACUGGUUUGAGGCAAUUUCCUUAGGUUUUGAGAGAAUAGUGAAAGAUGCAAAUGUGGGGAAUUCAUAUGAUGGUUUAUUGUGGACAUUGCGGAGUCUGCAAGAACUUUCUGUGGUGUUAUUGGAUUCUGUUGAAAGGUCCGAAAGUUCAUCUGAGGACAAGUUGCAUCAAGGCUGGCAAUCAAUAUGGAGUUGUUUGAUGCAUGGCUUGCCCAUGUUUAGUCACGUGUUUGUGGUGGCAGAAGCUGCUCUUUUGCUUCUUGGAAAAAUAAUUGAACGAGAUUUGAUGAAGACAUGUGUGAUUCCUCAAGAUGUUUGGGAACAUUUAUUUUUCAAACGAAUGCCGUCAAUAUCUGCUUUGUACCUAAUAUCCCGUUACUUCUCGAGGAAAGGGUCUCAAGGUGACCUUCGAGACAUUUUCCAUCUCAGGAAAAAUCUUCUGAGAGCAGUUCUAGGCCAUCUUAAUUUGAAGGAGGUUGCUAGUUUCAACAGGGAGUUGAUAUUCUUGUUGCCUGCAGCUGUUUAUGCUCUUUGUGCGGGUUGUGCUCCCUUCAGAGAUGUUACAGAGUUUUUAGAUGAAUGUAUAAAGAAAGAUGUGAAAGAAGAAACUUAUCAAGAUUGGUCGCAAGAAGUUUUUGAGUGUUCUGUUGAAGUUGUGGCCAAAAUACAUCUUGGUUCUAGUGUUAAGGUAUGCCCAUCGCUAGGCCUUAAGGCUAUUCAUCUGCCUCGUCAGAUCAGAGAUCCACUGCUGGAUGAAAUGGAGACUUAUGUUCUUGGAACGUUGAUUGAUGUGGAGAGGGAAAAAGUGCUGCUAUCAAAUGUCUUCAUUUUAUGUGCUUUACUGGCAAACUUCAUAUGCGGUUCAACUUUGAUAAGGCAAAGGGAGCAAGCGUCUUUGUUCAUUUCCAGAUUGGGCCACUACAUUUUAGAAAUGACAGGUCAUGCUGUUAAUGUUAUCCAAGGGUACUGCAGGGAUUUUAAACAUUUCAAUUGCUUUGGUUCUGAUUCCUUCUUUGACCUAACGAGUUCUGUUGUCACAUCCUUUAGAAGCUUUGCUUCCUGUCCCAUUUUCAAAUCAGAAACAAAUCAUAAUGCUCUGGAUGUUGAUCUGUAUGGUGCAUUAAUUCUUUCUAUGGAAAACUUUUUGAAAGCACUUUCUGAACUGUAUCAAGAAUAUUCUAGAUCCAAUAAGAAUCUUCAUUCUGAGGUAAUCUUGAAAGAUUUUGAUGCACCUAUUACUCUGGGGAAUUUUCCCCCGGUUGAUACUGAAGUGAGUAGGAUUUUGGAUGUGGAGUUGGAUGUGAAUGAUGACUCCAAUGACAUGGAUGUCCUGGCUGUUAAGAGGAGUAUGGCCCCUGGCAUGUCUUCGGCAACAAUUUGGAAGCUGAGGAUGAUAUCACUUAUUUCAAGUUUUUGCUCGGUUUUGCAUGAAGUUACAUGGGAGGUUCUGUUUGAACUCCUUGAGAAAGAAUGCGAUUCAAAGGUAUGCGAAGAGAUUCUGUACCAUCUCAGUCAAAACAUAUUGUGGUCGUCUUCUGAAAAAGUUAUGAACUUGAUGAAUAUAAUGGACAACUUGAUUAAUACAAAAGUGAAUCUUAAGCUGGAUUUGUACGGCACACUUGAUGCUGUUGGUGGUUUACUUAGGAACCUGUCAUCCUUGGAUGGGGUUGCGAAGAGUAAGCAUGGUGGUCGAUUUCUUAAGGAUGCACAACUUGAGAAGAACUUGGUUCAUAUUGGAAAAAUAGUGAACAGGAUUGCUGAAGCUGACCUUCUUGACUGGUUGGGGCGUAUUAAGCUUAUUGAUUGCAUUUGUGACUUAAUUUUAAUCAAUCCACAAAUUGGUCAGACAAUGAUUGAAAGGUUAUUUGUAAUGCUCCGGGAUCCAGAAUAUCGAGUUAGGUUUUCUCUGGCAAAACGAAUAGGUGUUCUCUUCCAGACAUGGGAUGGUCAUGAGGAACUUUUCCAGGAUAUAUGUUCCGGUUUUGGUGUUUCAUUAGUGCUGUGCUCAAAAGAAAAAGUUGUUACGGCAAGGGAGGUCCUAGAUGCUGGUGGUCAGCCUCGUCCUACAAUGGAAACCAUAAUUGUCACGCUUGCCCAUCUUGCUUUGCAUAGUGACUCUAUAGAGUUGGAGGUUGUUUUCAUGAUGUGUGCAAUUUCUGCAAUUGAUCCUAGUCAAAGGGAAAUGGUCUCUACUAUGGUUGAUAAUCUUGCCAGACAGCUCAAUUAUUCAGGAAGACAGAAGUACUUGGAGGAACACAUAGGAUCGCUUCUCUUUUGUUGGGUUACUUGUGGUGUAAGCUUACCUGCACUUAUUGAGAUAAGGCAGCUUUUUGUCUUGGAUGCUGAACCUAGUUACUUUAUUCAGUAUUGUUGCCACUGGCUUCUUCCUGCUCUUAUUCUACGUGGUGAUAGUUCCAACCUUGGAUGGAUUGCUAAUGUUGCCGGUGAGCCACUCGAAGAUCUAAUUAGAAGCUACUUUGUGGCAAUAUUUUCUAUUUGCAUAGCACUGCAUUGCAGCAAGAGAUCUGGAUGGGAGAAGGGAGCUAUUGCCCUUCAAAGUUCAAUGUUGCAUUUUGCCAGAAUAACAGAGAGUGAAAGAGAUAUACUUAUAAAGAAACAUAUGGUGUCCAUUAUCAGCCAGAUCUUAGCUUUAACCUCUUGUGCUUCAGAACCCAUGGAUCCAUUCUUUCCAAAGGAUACAAUUGUUCUUGCUGUUCGAACAGUUGUUGACGGUUUCUUGGAAAUGGAGGACAAUGGAAUGACAAUUGGUGUUAUUGACAGAAUCAAUGUUUUUCGUCCAGAUAGAGUAUUCAUGUUUAUUGUAGAGAUGCACUACAAAAUUACAGAAGCAAUUAAUCACAGGCAUAAAUCUCAUCGAUUGGCAGCAAUUGAAGUGCUUAUCAAUAUUCUUGGUCAUAGAGCUGCUGUUUCGAGCACUUCAAACUAUUUAUUCAAUUUGAUUGGGCUAUUCAUUGGUGAUAAUUCAUUACAAGACCAAUGUUGUCGCAUCCUCUCAACCUUGUUGGAAUCUUUCAAAUCCAGUCCGGGCAAAGAAAUCACCAGAGUCCUUGGAGAACAGCUUCAGUUUUUGAUCUCAAAGUUGGUGGCAUGUUGCAUCCCUUCUGAAGCUGAUGGAGAAUCUCCUGGCAAUAGAUCAUCUCACCUCUUAUCUUUGGUUCGCCAACUCACAAUGGAUUCUGAUUCAUCUCUCUAUGAUUACAUCAAGGAACUGGAGCCCUUUCCUGAGAUCGAUAUCUUUGAUGAUAUCCGAAAGUUCCAUCUGGAACUAUGUAGAGGGUACUCUCCAAGGGAUCAUUUAUUGAAAUUAGUCGAGCGUUCUGGCAACCUACCGCCAAGAUUACUAUUAUGGAGUUUAAAAGCACUGCAUAGGAAAUUGAUUGGGGGUCAAGUUUUUCACAGUGAGAAUACCCAAAAUAUUGAUUGGCACAAUGAUCACGAAGUGGAGCGUGCAGUCUGGAAACUUAUGCGAAUGUGUGGUUCUGAUGAUACAAGUUGUAUAAGGGAGUUGGUGUCAGAUUUUGUAUCUAGGGUUGGCAUAGGUGACCCACAUUGUGUCGUUUUCCAUCUACCUGGGGACUCUAAUACCAUUCAUAUUUUUCGGCCCGCUGUUAAUGGUAGUGCUUCAGAAAUAGACUUCAAGAUUGAAACCGGCAUAUCUGAAGAUCUUCUGGUUGAACUUUUAAAACAUUUGAAAAGAUACCUGAUGGAUGAUUCUGUUAAAAUAGUUGAUAUGACAUCCCAAGUUCUCCAGGCUGUACUCUCCACUGAAAAAGGUCAAAGUGCUCUACUCACAUUUGAUUCUUAUGAGAGAUCGCUUUUGGAGGUCCAUUCCAAAGGGCUUAACAUUAAGCUGGUGGAUGGGUACGUGUUGGAUCUUGAAAGGAGAUUUAAAGCUGAGGCAAUUUCAGUGGAAAGUACCACAGUGUGGGAGACCAAUGAUAAAACUUUCGAGAAGUGGAUUUGUCCAUUAGUAUACUCACUAAUCGGUCACUCGAAUGAUGUGAUUCUAAGAUUAUGUCUAGAUAUUGUGUUGCUAAAAGCUGAGAUUGCUGAGCUUCUUUUACCGAGUGUUGUAGUCAAUCUAGCUGGAAGAAAGGAUUUGGAUUUUGAUCUUCACAAACUAAUCUCACUGCAGGUGCAAGAACACAUAUUUGUCGAAUCAAACAAGUUGAUCAGGUCAAUUCAAGUACUUUUGAAUACUCUUAAUGAACUUCGGCUGUAUCAUGUCAUGGAACAAUCUUUAGUAUCUUUGAGGAAAGAUAAUUCUAAGUCUUCUAAGGCAUCAAGUAAGAGCUCUAAAUCCCGUUCUACCUCAAUAAAUGCGAGAGAUCUAGUGGGUGCAUCAAAUGCUUCUGUGAUGUCACCAUUCUCCUGGGACAAAGUUUAUUGGCUUUCCAUCGACUACCUCAUUGUCGCUAAAGCUGCAGUUUAUUCUGGUUCAUACUUUACUUCUGUUAUGUACGUUGAGCAUUGGUGUGAAGAGCAUUUUGGAUGCCUUACCUUGGGGACCCCAGAUUUUUCUUUCAUUGAAAUGCUACCACGUCAUAUUGAAAUACUUGUCUCAGCAGUCACUCGAAUUAAUGAACCCGACAGCUUGUACGGAAUUAUACGCUCUCACAAGUUGACAUCACAAAUCAUCACCUUUGAGCAUGAGGGAAACUGGAGCAAGGCCCUUGAAUAUUAUGAUUUGCGAGUACGAUCAGAUUCCAUGGUACAAGAGGACAGUGUCGAACAAACAAAACGUCAUCAAUCAAUUUCUACCUUGGAAGAUGUAUCAGGACAUUGGAAACCUUACAAGGGGGUUAUUAGAUCUCUGCAGAAAACUGGUUGUGCUCAUGUUCUGGACUUAUAUUGCCAAGGGUUAACAUUCCGGGAUGACCAAUUUCAGCAUGAUUUAGAAUUCAUGGAACUGCAGUAUGAAGCUGCCUGGCGUGCAGGAAACUGGGACUUUUCCUUGCUUUAUGCAGGAUCUGAUUCUGGUUCUUCGAGCUAUCAGAUCAAGAAUAUUCAUUUCAACGAAAACCUGCAUAGUUGUUUGCGGGCAUUGCAAGAAGGAGAUUUUGAUGAAUUUUACAGAAGGUUCAAAGAUUCAAAGCAGGAGCUAGUCUGGUCCAUAACUCAUGCAAGUGAAGAGAGCACUGAAUAUAUAUAUUCAACCAUUAUUAAGCUUCAGAUCUUUUAUCAUCUUGGCAUGGCUUGGGGGUUACGUUGGACAGAUUUUGAAGAUUCAAAUUGUUUUCUUGGGAAGCAGAAAGUGUUCUCAGAUCAUGUGAUUCCCACCAUGGACCAGUUAUCAUUGCUGAAUUUUGAUUGGGGCUGCAUUCUGAAAAGGACUCAGCUACAUAUGGAUUUAUUAGAACCUUUUAUAGCAUUCCGUCGAGUUCUACUUCAGGUACUGAAGUGUAAAGAAUGUAUGGUACAACAUCUCUUGCAAUCUGCUUCCACCCUUCGCAAGGGAUUUAGGUAUUCUCAAGCGGCUGCUGCCUUACAUGAGUUUAAGUCUCUGAGUCUUCGAGAAGCAGAAGAGAACUCAGCAUUCUAUUGGCUUGGAAGGCUUGAAGAAGCAAAGCUGUUGCGUGCCCAAGGUCGGCACUCAAUGGCAAUUAGCCUUGCUGAACAUGUUUCACAGUACUUCCAAUCCAAUGAGGAAGCUUCAGAUGUAUUACGCUUGGUUGGGAAGUGGCUGGCUGAAACUAGAUCUAGCAAUUCAAGAACUAUUCUAGAGAAGUAUCUAAAACCUGCAGUUUCUCUUGCUGAGGGUCAGGAGUUCCUAAAUACGAAAUCAGUUGAGAGACAGAGCCAGACUCAUUUUCAUCUUGCACACUAUGCAGAUGCUUUGUUUAAGAGUUACGAGGAAAGGCUCAACUCUAAUGAGUGGCAAGCAGCAGUGCGUUUGAGGAAGCAUAAGACAAUGGAGUUGGAAGCACUCAUUAGACGACUAAAAUGUUCAACGGAGGGUGAGAAGACUGACUUUACAGUAAAAAUACAAGAAUUACAAAAGCAACUUUCCAUGGACAGGGAAGAGGCUGACAAGUUACAGGAUGACCGAGACAAUUUUCUCAGCCUAGCAUUAGAAGGAUAUAAACGAUGCUUGGAGGUUGGUGACAAAUAUGAUGUGAGAGUGGUGUUUCGACUAGUAUCACUGUGGUUCAGUCUUUCUUCCAGUCAAAAUGUCAUAAAUAACAUGCGGAGCACAAUUGUUGAGGUUCAGUCGUAUAAAUUUAUACCUCUAGUUUACCAAAUUGCUUCAAGAAUGGGCUGUUCAAAGGAUGGUCAAGGAACAAAUAAUUUUCAGUUAGCCUUGGUUUCUCUCGUGAAAAAAAUGGCUAUAGACCAUCCAUACCAUACCAUACUUCAGCUUCUUGCCCUGGCAAAUGGUGAUCGUGUCAAAGAUAAACAACGGAGCAGAAACUCAUUUAUUGUGGAUAUGGACAAAAAACUUGCAGCAGAAUAUCUAUUAAAGGAGUUAUUAUCAUACCAUGGAGCUUUGAUUAGACAAGUCAAGCAAAUGGUAGAAAUCUAUAUCAAGCUUGCAGAACUUGAGACAAGGAGAGAGGAUACUAAUAAAAGAAUGACACUUCCGAGAGAACUGCGUAGUCUUCGGCCUUUGGAACUUAUACCUGUGGUGACGGCUACCUUUCCAGUUGACCGAAGUUGUCAAUAUCAGGAAGGUUCUUUCCCAUAUUUCAAAGGCUUAGGUGAUACAAUUAAGAUUAUGAAUGGCAUAAAUGCUCCAAAAGUGAUUGAAUGUGAAGGUUCUGAUGGCCACAGAUAUCGGCAACUUGCAAAAUCAGGAAAUGAUGAUUUGAGACAAGAUGCUGUUAUGGAACAAUUUUUUGGAUUAGUCAACACGUUUCUGCAGAACCAUCAGGACACGAGAAAGCGGAGACUAGGAAUUCGGACAUACAAGGUCGUUCCAUUUACUCCAAGUGCUGGUGUUCUUGAAUGGGUUGACGGAACUAUUCCUCUUGGAGAAUACCUUAUAGGAAGCACUAGAAAUGGAGGAGCUCAUGGUCGCUACAGAAUAGGAGAUUGGUCAUUUCUUGAAUGCAGAGAUUACAUGGCAAAAGAAAAGGACAAGCGCAAAGCAUUUCAGGAAGUCUGUGAGAAUUUCAGGCCCGUCAUGCACUACUUUUUUUUGGAGAGGUUCUUACAACCAGCUGACUGGUUUGAGAAGAGGCUUGCUUACACACGAAGUGUUGCUGCUAGUUCAAUGGUUGGUUAUAUUGUUGGCUUAGGAGAUCGACAUUCCAUGAACAUUUUAAUUGAUCAAGCUACAGCCGAAGUUGUUCACAUAGAUCUGGGAGUUGCCUUUGAACAAGGCUUGAUGCUCAAGACACCUGAGCGGGUUCCGUUCAGGCUUACAAGAGAUGUGAUUGAUGGCAUGGGUGUUACUGGAGUGGAAGGGGUUUUCAGAAGAUGUUGCGAGGAGACUCUCUCUGUUAUGCGUACAAAUAAAGAGGCGCUGCUAACCAUCGUUGAAGUUUUCAUCCAUGAUCCCCUGUAUAAAUGGGCUUUAUCCCCGCUGAAGGCUUUGCAGCGUCAGAAGGAAACCGAUGAUGACGUGGAGACUAGUCUCGAAGGCUCAGAAGAUGAAUACGAAGGGAAUAAGGAUGCUGCACGUGCACUGAUGCGAGUAAAACAAAAACUAGAUGGAUAUGAAGAUGGCGAAAUGAGAAGUGUCCACGGGCAGGUCCAACAGCUUAUACAGGAUGCCAUCGAUCCCGAUCGUUUGUGUAACAUGUUUCCGGGCUGGGGAGCAUGGUUGUGAUGAAAGUUCUCAUUUAUUGACCUCCCCAAUUGAGCAACCAAUAUCUUGUACAGGCGGCUGUCCUUUUUUUCCUCUUUGUUGCUGUUUGAUGUAUAUUUGUACAUCCCUCCCCCAAAUGGAAUAUAAUAUCAAUAACCUUUUCAUUAUAUUAGUUCAUAAUUGCCAUUUUAUUUAGGUGAUAAAUGUGGUCUAGUGGUGCCUUUGGAGCUAACAAAAAUCAAACGUCAAACAGAUCAUUUUGCUGUCUCAUAAUUUUUUUUGUUUUUAUUCAUUGAUAAGGUCUCAUAAUUUGACUUGAAAAUAGUUAUUCCUCAAUGGCUUUUGAA